GUUGGGUGUGGGGCGGCUCCGGGGCCGGGGAUGGCGGCGGCCGCCGUUGCGGCGGCUCCGGGACCAGCGGGAGGAGCCCGGGGAGCGCCGUGAGAUGGGCCGGCUCCCAAGCCAGUGGGGAGGACACUGCUUCUUAUUACAGCUGCUCAGAAGCACCACUGGAAGCUCAGCAGAUGUGGGCGCCCCAGCCAGCAGCAGAGAGGGGUGCAGGGGAGCCACAAAGAAGCCCCUUCUGAUGCCCCAAGGAGCAAGCCGACCCCUUCCAGGCUCCAGGAACACCACAAAGCAAUAUGAAACCUGUUCAUGAGAGGAGUCAGGAAUGCCUUCCACCAAAGAAACGAGACCUCCCCGUGACCAGCGAGGAUAUGGGGAGAACUACCAGCUGCUCAACUAACCACACACCCUCCAGUGAUGCCUCUGAAUGGUCCCGAGGGGUGGUGGUGGCCGGGCAGAGCCAGGCAGGAGCCAGAGUCAGCCUGGGGGGUGAUGGAGCUGAGGCCAUCUCUGGUCUGACGGUGGACCAGUAUGGCAUGCUGUAUAAGGUGGCUGUGCCACCUGCCACCUUCUCCCCAACUGGCCUCCCGUCUGUGGUGAACAUGAGCCCCUUGCCCCCCACAUUUAAUGUAGCGUCUUCACUGAUUCAACAUCCAGGAAUCCACUAUCCCCCAAUCCACUAUGCUCAGCUCCCGUCCACCUCUCUGCAGUUUGUCGGGUCUCCUUAUAGCCUUCCCUAUGCUGUGCCACCUAAUUUCCUACCGAGUCCCCUCCUUUCUCCUUCUGCCAACCUCGCCACCUCUCACCUUCCACACUUUGUGCCAUAUGCCUCACUCCUGGCAGAAGGAGCCACUCCUCCCCCCCAGGCUUCAUCCCCGGCCCAUUCAUUCAACAAAGCCCCCUCUGCCACCUCCCCACCUGGGCAGUUGCCACAUCACUCGAGUACUCAGCCACUGGACCUCGCUCCAGGCCGGAUGCCCAUUUAUUAUCAGAUGUCCAGGCUACCUGCUGGGUACACCAUGCAUGAAACCCCUCCAGUAGGUGCCAGCCCAGUUCUUACCCCUCAGGAGGGCCAGUCUGCUCUGGAAGCAGCUGCUGCCAAUGGACAGAGACAACGAGAGAGAAAUUUAGUGAGACGGGAAAGCGAAGCCCUCGACUCCCCCAACAGCAAGGGUGAGGGCCAGGGACUGGUGCCAGUGGUAGAAUGUGUGGUGGAUGGACAGUUGUUUUCAGGUUCUCAGACUGCGCGGGUAGAGGUGGCAGUGCCAGCACACCGAGGGACCCCAGACACCGACCUCGAGGUCCAGCGGGUGGUUGGUGCUUUAGCUUCUCAGGACUAUCGUGUGGUGGCAGCUCAGAGGAAGGGUGAGCCCAGCCCCCUCAACCUGUCCCAUCAUAACCCCGACCAUCAGGGUGAGGGGCGAGGGUCAGCCAGGAACGCAGCAGAGAUGGCCGAGAAAAAUCAGGCCCGAGGGUUCUACCCUCAAUCCCAUCAGGAGCCCCUGAAACAUAGACCUUUACCCAAAGCAAUGGUUGUAGCCAAUGGCAACCUGGUGCCCACUGGAACUGACCCAAGCCUGCUACCCAUGGGCUCGGAGAUCCUGGUGGCGUCAAGUUUGGACAUGCAGGCCAGAGCCGCCUUCCCAGACAAGGAGUCAACGCCACCCCCCUUUACCUCUUCCCACUUGCCCUCCCAUUUCAUGAAAGGCGCCAUCAUCCAGCUGGCUACAGGGGAGCUGAAGCGGGUGGAGGACCUCCAGACCCAGGAUUUUGUGCGCAGUGCCGAAGUGAGCGGGGGGCUGAAGAUUGACUCUAGCACAGUCGUGGACAUUCAGGAGAGCCAGUGGCCUGGAUUUGUCAUGCUGCAUUUCGUGGUGGGUGAGCAGCAGAGCAAAGUGAGCAUCGAGGUGCCCCCCGAGCACCCCUUCUUUGUAUAUGGCCAGGGUUGGUCCUCCUGCAGCCCUGGGCGGACUGCACAGCUCUUCUCUCUGCCCUGCCAUCGGCUACAGGUGGGAGAUGUCUGCAUCUCUAUCAGUUUACAGAGCUUGAACAGUCACUCAGUUUCUCAGUCCAGCUGUGCUCCCCCAGGCCAGCUGGUUCCUCCCCGAGAAAGGCCUGAGAGGACAGUCUUGGGACCCCGAGAGCAAUGUGACAGUGAUGGGAAAAGCCAGCCGUUAGGCGAGGGCUCCCGAAUGGUAGAGCCCUUGCAGCCAGAGCCUGGUGCUCAGGCCUGCUGGCCAGCCCCGAGCUUCCAAAGAUACGGCAUGCAAGGGGAGGAGGCACGGGCUGCGCUGCUCCGUCCCUCUUUCAUUCCACAGGAGGUAAAGCUGUCCAUUGAAGGGCGUUCCAAUGCAGGAAAAUGAACCUCUCCCAGACCCAGACUGGGAUGCUACCCCAGAGCUGGGCCUCACCGUGAGCAAGCAGAGGAUUUGCACAUGCCGAGCAGGGGAUGGCUCUCUUGGCAGUGAGGUUAGUGGGGAAGAGGAGGCGUGAAGGCAGCCUCCCAAGGCAGGGUCUGUUGCCCAUUACCCCAUGGCAUCUUUUCAGAACAGCCCCAGAGGGUGCUUGUGAUGGGGAGCAGCAGGCCUGGGCCAAGGAAGGAAGGGGGUGCACGCAGGAUAAGAAACAUUCCAAAUAUCAGGGCCUCCCUGUUCUUUCCUCCUCAUCCCUAGCUCCUGCAAGGAGAGAGUCAGGCUUUGGGAGCAGGUGCAGAGGGAGGGAGCAAAGAAAGAGCCAAAAAUGAUGAUCCACAGCUUAUAGUAGCAGUUCAGCUAUCUGAAGUUUUUUUUUUCCUUUCUUUUUUGUGAUGGGAGGGCAGGAGGCCCCAUGCUUGGAAAUAAGAGGGUUCCCACCCAGAACUCUUCUUUUGAGAGCUGUGCACUUUAAAGGGUAGUUUUGUUAUAGAUGUCUAAGGCUGGGUGUGCAGGGGACUCUGCUUGAUCCUCUGCUUCAGCCCUUUCCCAUCUCUCCCCAUCAUUCCUCCCACAAGGCUUCUAGCAUUAGGAGAGAGAAGCCGCUCCAGGGUUCAGAGUGAAGUACUGCCUUGGUGGGGACCCAGUCACGGGACUUUGGGAGAAAGACCCGAUGGCCAGACUGACCGGGCUCUAGGCAGGGCUUCUGGAAAGGUAGCUGACCUAACAAGGCUCCUCCUACUCAGCAUGCCAGACCCACUUUGAAAUUGUACUGAAUCUCUAGUUGGUAAUGGUGACUUUUGAAAGAACCAGUGGACCCUUUUCCCUAGGCCCCUACACCCGGUCCUCUGUCUGUCUAUGUUGUGCCUAAGUGCCUGCACUGCCCCCACCCUUCCGCUGACCUAACCUGUCUGCAUGGUGUCUUGACCUGGGCCUAUUUGUAGCUGCACUGCCUUUCCCCUUCUGCAAAACUGAUUUUGUCCACUCUGACCAAGACCUCUAGUUUUUGAUGUGUAGGGGUCUCUCUGGUUUCCCUUUCAGUUCUAUUCUCUAUUUUUAAAAACUCAGAAUCAUGUCCUCUUCUCUUCUGCAGUUGAACCAGUUGGUGGAGAAACGAAUGGAACUAUGCCCCGGGUCGGGACCAGUACAGCUGGCUGGGCAGUGCCCAUCCUUGCGUUUUUACAGAGUCCCUCCCAUCUUACUCCACUCCUUCUCCCAGCAUUCAGGCUUCUCCAGGCUGUCUCCUCCCAUAGCCAGCUCUAAGGUUUUGGGAUACUCUUUUUUUUUUUUUUUUUUUUUAAUUUUGGCCAUACCAUGUGGCAUGUGGGAUCUUAGUUCCCCGACCAGGGACUGAACCUGGGCCCUCAGCAGUGAAAGCACAGAGUCCUAACCACUGGACCACCAGGGAAUUCCCUGGAAUAGUCUUGAUAAUGUUUCAAUACCUGAAAAGUCUCCUAGAUUCCAUUUCAUGGUGGAGUAUUCCUCUGCAAAGAGUAUUUUCAAUCUUAGUUGCAUUUGCCCCCUGUGUCUUAAGCCCACUUUUUCUUCACGACUUUCAGCAUCACCUCGGACUGUGGGAUUCCAGUGGGUGUUGAGAAUUAGGCUUCCCCCAUCAGCUUUCAGGUGGGUGGGUGGGUUUUUUGUUUGUUUUUUGGGGGUCUUUAGACUCUUGAACAACUCAGGGUAUUGUCCACUCAGCUCUCUUACGAGGCUUCUCCUGGGGUAUGACCCUGGCAUUUCCUUUCAAGAUGGACUGGCCAAGGCCUAGCCUGUUGUCAGGAGUCCCAAACCUCUGAGGUCUGAUCUCUGCUCUGUCAAAGACUUUAGGCACGUCUUGUGACCUCUCGCUCUUUCACUUCCUCCCCAGCUGCCAAAUGGGGAUAAAUAAUCUUACCUACCUCCUGGGGGGAGGGGGAGUUCUGAGAAUGGAGUCCUUCUUAGUGUUCAGGUGCUAAAGGUUGUUCUCCUGGGGGAACAAAGUGACUGAGACUGGCUUGUUUGCUGCAAGCCCUACACUCCACUGUUUCGUUCCUUGAGAGCAGUUACCUGGUCAGUCAGCUUUUGGAGGCCCGUCCAGAGGAAGCUGCUGACCUGACCACAAGUAUGUAAGUCUCCAGUUCACCUCAGAACCAAAUACCAACCGUGUCUGGUGAACACUCAACCUUGUACACAUUUGGGAUCAUGUCUUUUCCCUUCUCUGUCCCCAUUCUCUCUGAAUGCUGCUUUCUCUGGCUUGUUUCCCACAGUUGGGGGCCUGUGGGGCUGAGUCUCGAGGAAUCCUCUCAGAGGACGGCCCUCGGAGAAGGCCUUGUUUCUGGCUGUUCCAUGAGCAACUCAUUCCUAGUUUCUCAUGCACGGGUUUCUCAGAAACAUCCUUCCUCAUUAGGAAGGCUCAUCAACUGAAUAUAGCGACAGGCACACAGUGGACACUAAAGAAAUAUCCACCAAGGGUACCAACCGAGCUUCCUCCUUACGGGAGCAAACCUAUAUCUAACCAGAUACAGGCCAAGUAGUUUAAAUACAAGAAACCCUCACUGCCCAGCCUGGUAACUUCCCCUUAAUCCUGGAAAGAGAAAAUCUUGUGCACCUUGGCAAGUUGGGCCCUGAACUUUCUGCUGCUGUUCCUCUUCUGUCUUGCUGGUGAAGCAACACUGGCACUUCCUCUGAUACUAUGCCAUGCAUAUGUAAUAUAUUAAUACUUGAUUUUGUUGAGCUGCAGAGGUGUCUUUUGUAAAGUAUGGUCUCCCAGGGAAAGAAGUUCUGUGCUCUGAAUCUUGGUCAGAGCUGAGGCAUUCCCCUUACCUUUUCCCUCUGUUUCAGUCUUUUCUUCCAGGCAUGAGGAAUGAGAGUAACCUAUGGUGUGUCCAUUCUUCCUUUUAAAGAUUUCAUAAGUUAUUAUAAGAGACCUAAGAGCAGUUUUGAGACAGCAUUUUGGUGGGAAGCUGUCAGCUUUUGGGGGAAUGGGCAGUUAAAGAACGCCAAUGUCAUUAGUAGGACAGUCCCAGAGCUUAGGGGUAGAAAGGAAGAUGGCUAACUCUGGCAUUAAACAGAAAUGCCUAUACCAGUUUGGGAGUAGGGGAACCAGGUGAAGGAUGGUAAUACAUCCAAGUCUUGGAUCAUCAUUCCUAUCAAGAUUAGUGUACACAG